AUGUCGUCCAAUUCAGAGUCCGUCGUGCAUAAGGCAGUUGUCAAGGCUGUUGAACUUUUCAACAUUGCAGCUGCCUGGUUUUUGAGCCUGCCAUUGGCACAACAAAUCUCUCUAGUGAUAGCUGCACCAUUCGUGUAUAGCAUGGUGUGGCAACUAAUGUACUCGAUGCGCAAGGACCGUGUGCCACUUGUUCCAUACUUUAUCCCAUGGGUCGGCAAUGCCGUCACCUAUGGUAUGAGACCAUACGAAUUUUUUGGCGAAUGCCAAAAGAAGUAUGGUGAUGUCUUUUCCUUCAUGCUAUUGGGCCGUGUUAUGACCGUGUAUUUGGGACCAAAGGGUCACGAAUUCGUGCUCAACGCCAAGUUGGCCGAUGUGUCAGCUGAAGCCGCUUACACCCACUUGACCACCCCAGUGUUCGGUAAGGGUGUGAUUUAUGACUGUCCUAACUCCCGUUUGAUGGAGCAAAAGAAAUUCACCAAGGGAGCUCUAUCUACUGAAUCUUUCCGUACUUACGUUCCAAAGAUUGCUGAUGAAAUCUACAAGUACUUCCGUUCUUCCAAGAAUUUUUCAAUGAACACCAAGAGUUCUGGUACCAUCAAUGUGAUGGAAACUCAACCAGAAAUGACCAUUUUCACUGCUUCCCGCUCUUUGUUGGGUGAGGAAGUCCGUAGCAUGCUUGAUACCGAUUUUGCCUAUUUGUAUUCCGAUCUAGACAAGGGCUUCAAGCCUAUCAACUUUGUCUUCUCUAACUUACCUCUUGAGCAUUACCGCAAGCGUGACCAUGCCCAACAAGUAAUUUCCAGCACUUACAUGAAAUUGAUUCGCAAGAGAAGAGAAAACAACGAUAUUCAAGACAGAGACUUGGUUGACUCAUUGAUGAAGAACUCUACUUACAAAGAUGGAACGAAGAUGACCGACCAAGAGAUUGCCAACCUAUUGAUUGGUGUUCUAAUGGGUGGUCAACACACUUCCGCUGCUACCUCCGCUUGGCUAUUGCUGCAUUUGGGUGACAGACCAGAGGUCCAAGAGGAAUUGUACGAAGAGCAAAUGCGUGUAUUGGAUAACGGAAAGAAGGAACUAACGUAUGACCUUCUACAAGAAAUGCCAUUGUUGAAUCAAACCAUCAAGGAAACUUUGAGAUUGCACCAUCCAUUGCACUCUUUGUUCCGCAAAGUUAUGAGAACCAUGCCAAUUCCAAACACCCCAUAUGUCGUCCCAAAGGACCACUACGUCCUAGUGUCCCCUGGUUACUGUCAUUUACAAGAUGAAUUCUUCCCUAACGCUAAGGCUUUUGACCCUCACCGUUGGGACAACGAUGCUUCUUCCUCUUACUCUUCAAAUGAAAAGGUUGAUUACGGUUUUGGUGCUAUCUCAAAGGGUGUUUCCUCUCCAUACUUGCCAUUCGGUGGUGGUAGACACAGAUGUAUCGGUGAACAUUUUGCUUACUGUCAACUUGGUGUAAUUCUCUCUGUCUUUAUUAGAACAAUCAAGUGGAAGCUGACUCCAAAGAUGCACGGAGUUCCAGGCUCUGAUUUCCAAAGUAUGGUUACUCUACCACUAGAACCAGCUGAAGUUCAAUGGGAAAAGAGAAACCCCGAACAGCAAAUUUAA